AUGCUGCCACUCAUAAGAGUACAGGUGGAGGUUGACCAUACAAUCUCGUUCACGCAACUUGCGCCGCGUGUUGGCGACGGAGUAACGGGAACUGAAAAUCUUUUCGAUCUCUCGUUGUCGCAGGCAUUGGGAACAGCAGUAAAAUCACCGAAAUUUGAUUUCGCUUCAUCGAAAUUAGGAAAAGUAAAGCAGCUUGCCGGUUUCUCGGAUCCUGUCUAUGCUGAAGCAUACGUUAACGUCAAUCAAUAUGAUAUUGUGCUUGACGUUCUCAUUGUGAAUCAAACGGAUGACACAUUACAAAAUGUUUGCCUUGAACUUUCGACUGUCGGCGAUAUCAAAUUGGUCGACAAGCCAACGCCUCUUACACUUGCACCACGUGAUUUCUCAAAUAUCAAGGUAGCCAAUUCCUUGGCCGUUUCGUUCGCAUUUUUUUUUUUUUUUUCGUGGAUUCUCACUUUGGUUGUUUCUCCGUAUUGUAUUUAA